CACAGAGACGUCGGCGUGUCGAGCCAUUAGUGUGGAGGAGAGGAAAAGGGAGGACACAGACGGCAGGGUGGUCAUCUCUGAUCGACGGAGAUACAUCCGAGAGAAGAAACGCAAGCAUGGCUGCCAUCGCCGGCCACGGAGCCUGUCCCUGGUGGAUGACGUCUCUCCUCGUCCUCCUCCCAAAGGCAAGAGGAAGAAGAGGAAGUCUGAGCGCAGGAGGAAGAGGAAAAGGUCUCCCUCCUACAGCCUGUCACCACUGAGGAAAAAGAAAAAGAAGAAGAAGAAAAGUUCAAAGAAAAGCAAAAGGCACAGGUGCUCUUCAAAAAAGAAUAAACACAGCUCUUCAAGUUUGAAGAGAAAGAGGAAAGAAGAUCGAAAGCAAAAGAAAAGCUCGCGGAGUCACUCCCAUCACAAAAGGAGGUGCCGCAGGCCCGAGUCCGACAGUUCAGCCUGCCGUUCCUCCAGCGUAGAAAGCAGGAACCACCUGGACCCGUCCGCCCUUAGAGAGAUCGCCACGGCAACGCUGGAGCACAGGGGACACCCGUGGGGACCUACGGCCAAGUCAGUCUGUAAAACGGCUCCGAGCCAUCGCUCCGUCCUAUCCACGGGCACCUCUUUACCAGCAAAACCUGCAAUCAAGACUUUAAACGCACAAGGGAUUCAGCAUCACACUUUACCACCUGCGAGCAAAGGACCACAGGAUUACGAUUCUGGGAAUGACACGUCUUCACCGCCAUCGACUAAAACCGGUGUUUCACGGGUCAAUGGCAUCGGCGACAAAAUGAUCCUGUGCCCAGCACUGGCCUCUCUGGAGAAGCAGAAGUUCCCAGAGGGAGAUAAUGCAUCCGACUCAGGAAACUCUGUGACCAGCUAUGCUUCCCUGUGCAAAACUCUUCGCAUGGAAGGUGGUUUGGUCUCCUGUAUUCUCCACAGGAACUGCAAGAGCAGCGAGCCGAUGACCCCCAGAUGCUGGGCGAAGGUGGCGGCGAGAGCACAGCAGAACGCUGUCUCCCCGGCGAGGGCGGACGCCUCUUCGCGAAGGCGGACACGAGGGCGCUCGUCCAGCAGCAGGAGUCGGAGCCGGUCCUCGGGGAGCUCCAGGUGCUCCGGACGCCGCUACUCGCGGAGCCGGUCACCGUCCUCCGCCAGGUCGUACUCGCGCUCUGUGAGUUACUCGGGCAGCGCGAGGAGGCGAGGGAGUGUGGGCAGCGGCCGCUCCAGUAGAAGCUGCUCCACAUACAGUCCAGACAGCAGAGUCAGAGAGCAGAGGAGGAGCAGCAGUUCCCGAGAGAGGGAUGGAAAGAGCAGCCGGAAGAGUACCAGAAAGAGGCACCGACGCAAGUCCUACUCUCCCAUGAGGAAACGGAGGAGAGAUUCUCCCAGCCACCUGGAAGCCCGACGCAUAACCAGCGCGAGGAAGAGGCCCAUCCCUUACUUCCGCCCCAGUCCCUCAUCCAGCAGUCGCUCCGGCAGCUUGUCGUCGUGGAGCAGCCUCUUCACCCGGAGCCCGAGCCGGGGUCGCAGCCUCAGCCGAGGCCGCAGCGACUCCAGCUACCGGAGCUACAGCCGCAGCUCGUCCUGGAACUCCAUAUUUGGCGGGCGGAGCAGGAGCCGGAGCCGCUGUCGUAGCUACGUCUCAUUGGACAAACCCAGCAAGGCCCGACGCUGA